GUUUAACCCCAAGAAAAAAAAACACACACACACAGUGAAGGUAUAUCUGUGUGCCCCAAACCUCUAUUUUAUCUAUAACCCCCAUAAUCCAUUUUCCCCCACCACCACCACCACAGAGAAUUCAACAAGCAAGAGAGAGAGAUAGAGAGAGAAAACACUCAUGGGAGAGGAAGAAAAGAAGCCGGAGGAGAAGAAACCGGAGGAAUCAGCCAAGAAAGAAGAGUCCGCCCCGUCGGCCGAUAAGCCGCCGCCGCCGCCGCAAGAUGUGAAGAAGGAGACGGAGGCGGAGAAGAAGAAACCCGACGAAUCCAAGGCGGCGGAAACGCCACCGCCACCGCCACCGCCGCCGCAGGAAAUCGUCCUGAAGGUGUUCAUGCAUUGUGAGGGGUGCGCUAGAAAAGUCCGGCGGUGCCUCAAAGGCUUCGAAGGUGUGGAGGAUGUAAUAACGGAUUGCAGGACAAGUAAAGUGGUUGUGAAAGGUGAAAAAGCAGAUCCACUCAAAGUUUUGGACCGGGUUCAGCGUAAGAGCCACCGCCAGGUCCAGCUUAUCUCCCCCAUCCCCAAACCUCCGCCGCCGCCGGAGGACAAGAAAGAAGACGCGCCGCCGCCCAAACCUGAAGAGAAGAAAGAAGAGCCACCUGUGAUUACUGUGGUGUUGGGAGUGUACAUGCAUUGUGAAGCUUGUGCUCAAGAAAUCAAGAAACGAAUUCUCAGAAUGAAAGGUGUUGAAAGUGCAGAGCCAGAUCUCAAGAGCUCACAGGUGGCGGUGAAGGGCGUAUUCGAACCCGAAAAACUCGCCGAUUACAUCCACAAGAGAACCGGCAAACACGCCGUGAUUGUCAAGGUCGAGCCCGAGGAGAAAAAAGAAGACGCCGCGGCCGCGGCCGAAAAACCCAAAGAAGGGAAAGAAGCCGAGAAGAAACCCGCAGAACCCGAAAAGGCCGAAACCAAGAAGCCCGACGGGGAAGCCGCCGCAGCCGCCAAGGAAUCAGGCAGCGGAGAGGCGGCGGAUGAGGCGGCCGCAGAGGACUCGAAAUUGGAGUUGAGAAAGAAUGAAUUCAACUACUACUACCCACACAAUAAUAGUAGCUACUACUACGACCACCACCAGCAGCAGCAAGUGAAUAAUUAUCCACAGAGAGUUGUGCAAGAGUAUAAUAACUAUGCAUAUCCACCACAGAUGUUUAGUGAUGAGAAUCCAAAUGCAUGUUCUCUAAUGUGAAUAUUGUAAUUUUGGAGGGGUAAAACUGUCAUUUCAGGCUUUAAUUUUCUUGAAAUUAAACAACAUGGUGGUGUUUGUUGUGGUGGUCUACAUGUGGCCCUGUCUGUGGGCUGGUUAAUUAAUAAUCAUAGUAUAAAUCUACAGGUUGAAGAAGCUGUAGAAUUUUUUUCUACCUUUUUUUUAUUAAAUAAUAAUAAUUAUUAUUAU